CGCCAACUCUCACCUGUUCUUCCAGUAGAUUUCUGCUUUUGUUCUCGUGUCCAUGCUCUAAAGACUUGGGCAGGCUUGGCCAUUGUCCUUUGCACCACUGCUCGUUACACAUCAUCAGAAUUCCCGCCACUCGUUCACUUGCAUACUGUUCCCCUUCCACCGCCUUCAACUCGCUUCCAUACGCAUUUUCUUGUGCGAUUCCGUUCACUCAAAUCACCCUUCAUUACACCACUUGAUAUCUUGCUGCAGAGAGACUCCGUCGUUCUCUAGCAUGAAGUCCCCUCCAUCGCCACCGGCGCCCGCUGCUGGCAAUCCUUUCGAGGCCCGCGAAUAUCAACUCGCUCACAGCUCCACCCCGAGCAGCAGCGGAAGCUUGUCAGAAAGUUCCAGCGACUCGUCUUUGCCCUCUGCGCCUGCGGCAACCCUCUCCCCGCCGUCUCAGCGAGGUCGUGAUCAACCGCCCCGUCCCGCUCGCUCGGGUGAAUCUGACCUUGAGAUUACUCCUGCUGGCGCUGUACCCAACUCGGGAACUCAAGCGGGUCCCAACGCCGAAGUCUUGAAUGAAAAAUGCAGUCCCUUCGACUCGGACCCAGAGUCCGGUGGAGCCCCAGGGGUAUUUACCACUGCAGAUAAGAAGGAGGCGGACAAUUCUCAACCGACAGCUUCAUCAACUGAGCCAAAGGUUAAGUCUCGUAACCCCUUCAAGCGGUCAUAUCACUGGAUGCGGCGUACAUACUGUCCCAUCGAAGAGCCGCCUUUGGUCCUCCCAAGCUGCCCCACAGACGCCGAAAAGCUGUCGUAUAUCCACACCAACCGGAUCCCGCUGUACAUAUUCGGAAUCUUCUCCUUCCUCUCGCUUUCAGCGGGCAUGUGGCUCUUCUCCCUAUGCGCUACACCGUUCUACUUCUACGGGGCCUUUGUCGGCUUCCUCAACCUCUACCUGUUCAUCAGCUACAUGGUUGGCGUUGUCGGAAAGGACUGGGACUACGAGGCCCACAAGCAGCGGAUCGAGCGGCACCCCCUCAACGCCGAGACGGCGCCGACCGUGGACAUCUACCUCCCCGUAUGUGCCGAGGAGGUCGAGAUCCUCGACAACACGUGGAAGCACGUCACGCAGCUCGACUGGCCCGCCGACAAGAUCCAGGUCCAUGUCAUGGAUGACGGGGCCAACCCGGUCGUCCGACAGCUGGCAGAGCGCUACGGGUUCAACUAUACAGUCCGCGAGGACCGCCCGAGGCUGAAGAAGGCGGGAAACCUGCGGUGGACGUUUGCUCGCACCAGCGGGGAGUUCUUCGCCAUCUUCGACGCGGACUUUUGCCCGCGCCCGGACUUCCUCAAGGAGCUGAUGGUCGAGCAGCUCGAUGAUGAAAAGGUCGCCAUUGUUCAGAGCCCGCAGUUCUUCCGCGUUACUGAUGAGCAGACUUGGGUCGAGCAAGGCGCCGGCGCGACGCAAGAGCUCUUCUACCGCGUUGUCCAGGUCAAUAGGAACAGGUGGGGGGCGAGUAUCUGCGUCGGAAGUAAUGCCUUGUACCGACGCGCUGCUCUUGUGGACGUCGGCGGUACGGCGGAAAUCGGUUUCUCUGAGGACGUGCACACGGGAUUCGGUGCCGUCGACAGAGGCUGGAAAGUCAGAUAUGUACCACUGUGUCUCGCAACUGGCGUCUGCCCGCCCACACCACGUGCAUUCUUCUCUCAGCAGAUGCGCUGGGCACGUGGAAGCACUACGCUCCUUACCAACGGUCACUUCUGGGUUUCAAAGUUGACUUUGAUGCAGAAAAUCUGCUACCUCUGUGGCUUCCUGUACUACUCGGCCGUCUCUCUCGGUAUUUUCAUCUCCCCCAUCCCUGGAAUUUUACUUCUUUGGUUCCGCCCGGAGUGGUUCAAGUACUACAACCUUGCCUUCGCUGUUCCCUCGCUCUUCUACGGCCUGGUCAUUUUCCGAGUCUGGUCCAAGGCGUCGUACGGCAUGAACGUCCAGCACAUCAUGCUGAUCCAAUCCUACGCCUAUCUGACCGCCAUCAAGGACCGCGUCUUCAACAUUGAGCUGAUGUGGGCCGCCUCGGGCGAUGCCAAGGCCCACAAGAGCCACAAGUAUCGCAACAUGCGCAUCCUCUGCUGGGUUUGGAGCAUAGCUACCUUGGGCGGGAUGAUCAGCGCUGUGACAUGGAGGCUGACGCAUGGUUUUGAAUGGUACAACCCGAUCCCACUGAUUGUGCUGAGCCUUUACAACAUCUAUGUGGCGAACCGCUUCCUCUUCUGCAACUGGUAGAGAGGGAGGACAGAUGGGCACCAUCCGAAGCAGGCGAGCCUGCGAGGUCUGCAAGGAACAAAGCUCAUACAUCCCCACGGGAACAUUUUUCGUAGUCUCAAGUUGGCCUUUUCGGGUUCCCUGCAUACGCGGCGCUAAUACUGGGGGCAAAGCCUGGAUUCGGCAAUACAUCUCCGAGUCGUAGACUCUGUGGAAGGGCGGGGCCUUAGAUGGAAGAGUUGCUUAAGUUUAAUAGAUUAAUAGGACAAAAGCUGGAGCUGAGCCAAG